AUGGCGGAGUCGAACCAGCUUGGAGAUCGCUUGAUGCAGCAUCUCCAGUCUGUGCAGGCAUCACCGUCGACACCUCUGGACACUCGAUUGCUGGAGGAAGCCGACCUUAUCCUACCCAAGACUCUCCAAGGAAAUGAACGCCUCGUACUCAUCCAGACACUCGCAGGGCUGCUGCCUGAACUGCAACAAGAUCCAACACCCGCGGUCAACAUACUCCUCCACCUUCUCGAUGACCUCUCAUACUCCGACAUUCUGAACUUCGGCAGUCUACCAUACACCGAAGGCCUUGCUGUCGGAGAGCACAUGGUCAGCUUCAACCGCCUCAUCAUCUCAAUACUGGAGAAGGCCACACGGAAACCCACCGACGCUGCUCAUGUCGCAAGCAUGCUCGAUACAAUGCUGGCGCUGGUCAGAUUAUGGUUAUGUACGCCCGACACCGGCAUCGCCAGUCAAGCAUCCACCCUCCUGCUCGACCUCCUCAAAGUCGACCAAGAAAUCCAGACACAUCCUGACGCCCAUCUACCUGCUGGUGGACAAGGCUUAGUAUGGAAACGGAUAUUCGGCGAUCGAAACAUCUACGCCACCCUGUUUGAAGCUUGCUCUCACACCGGUCCUUCUACUUUGAAGCUGAGUAAGAAUCAAAGGACACUUGCUCAGGCUCGGUUGAUGGAGUGGCUACCUGCAGUCGGUGCCAUGGAUUGGAGUGCAAUCUCUCGAAGCCAUCAUCCCGAUGUCGAAGCCGCAUACGGCGUUCAGGAGGGCUUGCUUGAAUUCGCCGUGCUACGAAUGGUCGACUACGAAGAUGACGUUCUGAUGAAUCGAUGUCUCAUCGAUUUCUACUCCGAGCUUCUGCGCACUACUCGGCCACCGGUCGCCGAUGCGUCGAUCGCCCAGGAGUCUCCCGCGCUACUCUAUCUGAUCACACACGAUGUGCAUACUCGCACCGCUGCCAUCUACUUGCAGCUCCCGGGGGUCCGAGUGGAUCCUGUAGAAGCCAUGUUCCUGUAUGGGCCGGCGGCAAACUACAUCGCAACCUACGCAUCAUACUUUCCCGACCACUAUCUGGCAAGUCGAAUGGCAAGACAAGUCAAUGAACGUCUGAUGAGGGUGUUCGAUCUGUCCCCUGCGAAAUGGGCGCACGCCGAGUCGCCAAAACACGACUUACAUCUUGCUGCCAGCCUGCCCCGGAAGAUUCUCUUGCCGACUCGCGAAGGGACUGUAGCGUGGGACCAGAGUCCGCUCUCUCUCCUCCCUUCCAGAGCAUCCAACGACGAUGUCCUCAAUACGCUGGCGACGAUCUUUCAUGGACCGGAGCGUCAGAUCGUCUCUUUCCCUCCCAGCUCGCCACUCACCACCGCAAACGAAGUGGACCAGAAGGAGGCCGCGUCUGCAAGAGCCCUGUACUUCCACUACCUCGCCAACAAUCCACAAUUCUGGCGGAACAUUGCGAUUCAUGCGGACACCGUGGCGUUGAAAGAUCUGGCCCUCGCCGCUAUUCGCUGUCUGACCGCCGUGAUCACGGCAAACUGGGCCACAAAGACAGAUGUUGCUCUUCCCACCACAAUCGCCACGUCAGACAGCGGAGCACUCGCAAUCCUCACCCCGCCAUCGCUAGAGUACAGUCUGCCCUAUCUGCUGAAGCCGCCACAGACAUUCUCGAACCUCGUGGGCGGCCGAGGAGAUGCAGAGAGCGCGGCAUACAAGAUUGCCAGCGCGAAGUUUGAUGCGCUCAGGACGAUGCAUGCCCGAGUCGCGACAUUAGUUAAACAACGGCCAGGAGAGGGGUUUGAGGACAUUUUGACUACACUGACGAAACGCCUGAAUGAUGGACCGUUGAGUAGGGAGGGCGAGGUUGGCGGGCGAAUUGGAACGCUGGAGCUUUGA